AUGUCUACUAAAUUGGAAAAUCAAGUUGCGGUGCUCGAAUUAUCUAUAUAUAAUUUUUUUUUUCAGCAAAUCUUUGAUAUAGAUAUAGACAAUAUGACGUAUGAAUUACAAAUAAUCAAAAAAGAGGACCACAAAGACGUCGUAGAUUUCGUAAGAAAAAAUUUCAUGAAGGAUGAACCAAUAAAUCGAGCUAUCAAUCUCAUAACAGAAGAAAAACCAAUAAAUGAAGAAUUGGAAAAUUUUCUGCUGAGAGAUUACGCUAGUGGUAAAAGUUUAAAAGUCAUACAAAACGGUAAUAUUAUUGCCGUUUGUAUUAGUUCCAUUUUAGAAAAAAAUCAUACAGAAGAUGACAGUGUUAUAAAAAGUGAAAAUAAAGAUUUUAAUACAAUUGUCAAUUUUUUGUCGUAUGUCGAUAAACAAUCUGAUCCUUUCAAAAAAUUUCCCAAGAGCAACAGAGCCAUAUCCGUCGGCAUAAUGGCUGUUCAUUCUAAUUAUAGAGGCAUGGGCAUAGCUGGUCGAAUGCUGGAUAAAACUUGGGAGUUGGGCAAAGAACAAAAAUGUGAUUUUAUGACAGUGGAAUGCUCAAGUUACUUUACAGCAAGAGCCUUAGAGAAGUUAGGAUUUGAACAAAUUUAUAGACUUAACUAUGAAGAAUAUAAAGUGAAUGGUGAAAUAGUAUUUAAGACAGAACCUCCUCAUGUAGCAUCUACUGUUUACGUUAAAGAAAUAAAAAGCUAAUAUUAGGUAUUUAGUGUUAUAAGUAAUACAUUACACACGGGUACGUAAUGGGCUUAGAAAUUAUUUUACCCACUAUACUUUUUCUAUGACUACUAAGUAUCUCUAAUUAAAUGAAAGAAAUUAGUGUUUGUAUUUAAUUUACAAUUAUAAUGAACUUUUAUAAAAUUAUAGAAAUACUUAACUAUUUAGCAUUAAUUUAAGAAAUACUUUAUUUUAUAUCGUGAAUCCUUAAAUUUCCUUCAUGAAAUAACACACCUAUCUUUAGAUUUAACUGGUAAUAAUUUAAUUCUCGUAGCUUGGGCUUUUAAAAUAUCUAGCGGAGUACUCAUGAUUUCACCUUCGCUUUCCCUACUAGAAGACAUUG